CACUCCCACUCUGCUUCCUGUGUGAAUUUGUGUGGGUUUUUGGUGCUUGUUUUGAGUAUUGUUGUAGUGGUUUGGGCUAAUGCUGGGUACUUGCAUAGUCAAAUUUGUUCUCAAUUUGGGAAUUUGAUUUUUGGGGAUUCCUUUGUUCAAAUAUUUUUCUAGGGCGAAGCAGUUCUAUGUUAGGUGGGGCUGAUUUUGGACUUGUUUUGGAGAAAAGUCCCAAAAGGAUGGCUCUAUAUAUAGGUUCUAUAUAUAUUAGUUUUAUGGAUUGAGAUUUCACCUUAGGGGGUAUAAUUAAUUACCUGUGUCAACAUCAAGUUAGUGUUAAUAGCUUAGGGAGUACUCCAUAAGUUAUCAUGAAACAUUUGGUUGGCAUUGAGAAAAUGCAUCAAUUUCGUUGGAUGGAUUGGGGUUUGACACAAAGAUGAGUGUAAUUCUUUGGUGGGAAAUCUCCAAUGGCUUCUUGAAAAACCAAUCAACAAGUUUUCUCAGUCGUCAAUGGGAAUGGAGUGUAAAACGAAACAGCAUGUGGUUUAUGGUGAUGAAGAAUGGUCUUUUGGGUUCUGUGAGCACGGUACUGGUGUCUUCCACUGUCCUUCAAUGCAGAAUCCAAUGUAUACAUACCAUGAAAGCAUCAAACUUGGACAAACCACAAAUUCUGUCUAUAAGAUUAAUCAAAUUCUCAGGGAACUGAGCAGAGAGUGGCCUGGAGAAUCAUAUGAUUUGCUAGCAAAAAAUUGCAAUCAUUUCUGUGAUGAAUUUUGUGAAAGACUGGGUGUUUCUAAGCUACCUGGUUGGGUGAACAGGUUUGCAAAUGUUGGAGACACUGCUGUAGAAAUAGCCGGAAACACAGCAUAUAGAUUUAGGCAAGCCAAAACCGAAAUCGUCACUGCCAGCAAAGUCGCAUAUCGGUUUUUAGCUGGAAUUGCAUCCAACAACAUGAUUACAGGCCCAGAUUCCCCCAGCAACUCUAAUGGUGGAACCCCCCGAUUCCAACCUACCUGGUUCAAGAACCUCGUUGCACCCGGCGAGAAACCUUCUAGUAGUUCGGAGCUGGAAGAUGAGGAUCAGCGACUUAGACAAGACGCCAAAGCACCUCUAUGAUCGGACUCUCUAGCUGACCACAAUGUCCAGCACCAUUGCCUGUGAACUUGUAUGCCAGAAUACCAAAACAUUUGGGACUCUUAAUCUUGCAAAUUGUUGUAAUAUUUUGUUGCAACUUAUAUAACAUUUGGAAAUUAAUAGAUUGUCGAACUUUUAUGUCAA